UGGAAAUGAAAACAUGAAAUGAAACAGGUCUUUUUCUCACUCUCUCUCUCUUUUUCUCUCUCUCAUUCAUCUAUCUGAUUCCGUCCUUCUGGGACAGUUCGAGACGAGUCCAUAUCUGUUCCAAUGGCGUAUUUUUCACUGGUGUUGUACUAUUUGUCUCAGCGGCGUGUUCCAGGCCGCUCAUUUAGACAUUUUUUCUUCAUACCCACAAGCUUAGCUCUCGUAACCUCUCUCCUCAUUCUCUUUUACAUUUCCACAACCUCCAAUCUCUUCACUCAUCAUCACCCCAACCCAAAAGCACCACUUCAAAUCAAUUCUUCUUCUUCUUCUUCUUCAUCUGCCUUUUCUUUCACAAUUCUACGUCACAAAACUUCCUCCACACCCUUUGCAAUUGAAGCUCCUUUGACAGAGGAUGGUGGUGGGCAGAGAAUUGAGAGUCAACGCUCACUAGGACCUCCACUGGGUUCAGAUGGAAAUCAUGUCAAUAACAACGAGGUGUUCCAUGAUAGACAUAUCUUUCUGGAAGACUAUAAAGAAAUGAAAAGGAGCUUUAAGAUAUAUGUUUAUCCUCACAGGCAAGAUGAUUCCUUUGCAAAUGCACUUUUGCCUGUGGAUUCUGAACCUGGGGGUAAUUAUGCAAGUGAAAGUUUCUUCAAGAAGGUCCUUAUGAAAAGUCGUUUCAUCACAAAUGAUCCAACCAAGGCAGAUCUUUUCUUUCUGCCUUUCUCAAUUGCAAGGUUGCGACAUGACCCUAGAGUUGGUGUGGGAGGUAUCCAAGAUUUUAUAAGAGAUUACAUAUUCAAUGUUAGUCAGAAGUACCAAUAUUGGAAUCGUACAGGUGGCGCAGAUCACUUUUAUGUUGCUUGUCAUUCUAUUGGGCGGUCAGCCAUGGAAAAAGCAAGUGAAGUGAAAUUUAAUGCCAUUCAAGUUGUGUGCUCUUCAAGCUACUUCCUUCCUGGUUACAUACCACACAAGGAUGCAUGUCUGCCACAAAUAUGGCCGAGAAAAGAAGAGCCACAUGACCUUCUUUCAUCAAAUAGGUGGAUAUACUUUCGUGAAUUGCGAUUUCUCUUUUGUUAAAGCAUGGUCUUAUAUUUUCAUAGUUAAUAUUAGAUUUUGGAGAAGCAAGCAUGAAAAAGUG